UUUAUUCUUGUUUUGCAAAUUUUGUGUAGUAAAUCAUCUAAAAGCUAAGAACAAAAAUAUUUAAAUAAAUGUAAACUAAUUGAAAAAUUUGAAACGAAACAUAAAAUGAAGCUUCAAGUUAGUCGUCAACUGACGGACGAACUCAAGCAAAAACAGACUAUAACCAAUAGUCUUAUAAACAAAAUUUUAUAUUCAAAACGAUUGCUGGUCGAUCAUGUGGAAGCUUUAGAACAGUGUAUGCUUUUUAUGCAAGAUACACCAUUACCUUCCUCAACAGCUACAAAUACAACUGGCCAAGACAAAUGUGAUGGCAAGGACAAGUGCUUUAAGAAAUCGGAUGAAAUAUUGUGGCCGGAAAUAUUUACAGCUCGUAAUGCUUGCAUUUUAUUGGGCUCCACCAUUUUGGAGCAUCUAAUAACGCCACGUGCUUUUCGUUUAACUUUAAUACCUUCGUUGGCAGUGACUGGAGGUUUCAGUGCUUUGUAUGUGGUGAAGAAUGUUUUCGGUUUUCGCAAUAAAUACGUUGAAAGAGAAUUGGAGAAUCUCAUACGGACAAUUGAUGAAUUUGGAAAUUGUAUACGCCGUAAUAUGACCUAUUUCAAUGAGAUUAUUAUUAUGAAACAACAUGAGUUAAUAGAAUCCCGUCAAAUAGAACGUGCCUGGGAUUGUAUUACAGCCGCCAAAGAGGUAACCGAAAUUUUAUUUGAAGCCACCCGUAAAUUAGAAACCCAAUAUCCUAUACCAGCACGAUUUUCCCAGUAUUAUGCUCCAAUGGAAGAUUUAAAAGAAUGUGAAUACUUUAAGAACAAUGUCACCGAUUAUAGUCCUAAGCAUAUAAAAGAUUUUCAUAACAUCUUCGCGUACGUUCAAUCCCAGUUCCUUUUACGUUUAGCUUUAACCAUAUCUACCAAACCAUCAUUAAGUCAACUUCAUCCAGAAUUAGAGAAAAUCGAUUGCCUUAUACGACAGCUAGUACUCGAGGAAGAAAAUCAUUUUAAAAAUCUAGCCAUCGAAUUGAACAAAAAGAAAUCAUUAGAGUUGGAAGCUCUAAAUGCCAAUAAAACAGUAAAAACUCGCAAUGAUCCCGUCGGUGUUUUACAGGAUUCAUCGCUUAAACUGAGCGCUUGUAUGGUGGCGGUGGCUGGUGAGUGUCAGGCCUUAGACAUUACUUUGCAACGUCUUACCGAAACGGAAAAUGAGAAAAAAGACAACACCAAACAGUUGGUAGAAGUGGCCAAUAAUAUGCGCUCCAUAGAAAAUGCUUUGUCUGUGUGUUUCGAUGAUUUCCAAAGGCUAAUGUUGGUGUAUAAUAAAUUUCUCAAUACUAAAUUAGAUUUAAAAGAAACACACAGUGAAAAAAGUGAAAAUAAAUCUCAAGCAGAUGAUGAAUUUCCAGAAAGCUUUUUGCGUGUUGAAAUCUCACAAAAUCCCAACGACAUGGAGAAGCGAGAUGAUUUCUAUGCCUACAUGUUCGACGAAGAGCAAGCUAAAGCCGAAAGGGAACAAUUGGAAAAAGAGGAACGGGAGAGACACAAGGAAGAGUUGGAAAUUUUAAAUUUCGAAAAACGUAUUACCAAAGGCAGAUUCCGACCUGUACUUAAGCAGCUAAAAGAUCAUAUUGAUCCCAUACGGCAAGUAAUGCUUGAAAAAGAAAGAGAAGUUCUAGCCGCUAAAGGCAUAAAUGUAGAUGAAUUAUUUGCUAAAGAAGAUGAUGACGAAGAUGAUGAUGAGGUCAAGGAACAUGAUAAUACGGUAGUAUUUAAGGAGGCCUUUGAUGACAGCGAUGGCAGUGAAGGUAGUGCUGAUAUAGAAUUUGAGAAGCGCACCAAAAAACUUAAAGAACGUGAUAAUUUUGCUGAAAUGCGUAACUUUUUGGCACAAAAACAAAACAUCAAUUUAUUCAAAUUGGACGCACCACCAACGACAUCCAAUGUCUUGGGUGAUGAGGAUAUUUUGGAGAGUGAAUGUUAAGUGGCCUGUUUUGUAAUUUUUAUCAUAAAGACUUUAUUUUUUGUUUUGGUAAAAAGUACAUUUUUUUAUUUGAUUAACUUUAUAUUAAAAACAAAUAAUUUGUAAAAUAAAGUGAUACACUUUAGAAAUUUAGUCCAUUAAUUAUUUGAAAUUUGUUUAUAGUUUUGUAACGAAUUUUGACACCAUUAAAAACUAACAAGUGUUUUAUUAGAAAAACGGAUGGAAAAUUUAUUUAAAAAAUUUACACUCAAAGUACUAGCUUGUGAUAUAGCAACUGUUAGUAAGUAAAUAUUAUUUGAGUCGUUUUCAUACAACUUUUUAAAGAUAACUUUCCCUCCGCGUUUCUGAUAGUAUUAUGUAAAGUUGAAUAGUUUGAUUGUUCCAUAUUUUGCCUAAACUAAUGCAUUUUAUUUUUUUUGUACAUUAAAUUUUAUAUUUAUUUCAAAUAUUAUAGCAAAUAUUCAAUUGUAAUUUGCACAAAUAAAAAUUUAAAAAAAAAACA